AUGUAUAUCCGUCCCGCCCAGCCUUCGGAUGAGCCAGCCAUAGUCGCGCUAUGCGCCCGCGCCUUUUACAAUGAGGACCUGUUCGGUCGAGUCAUGCACCCGCAUAGAGAUCAGUACCCCGACGACUUGCAAAUCUACUGGCGAGAAGUCGUCCGCCGCGACUGGGCAGCGCCGCGCAACAGGGUCUUCGUCGUCGUGCGUCCCCGGAAUCCCGAACAACAUCAACAGGACAAAGAAGAAGAUGAAGUAGUCGGCAUGGCCAUCUGGCAGCGUCAAGGCAACGACGCAACCGCUCAGAAAAUCAUAAAAGAACACAUUGACCCAACCCCUCUCUUCUCACCCGUCUCCCCGCGCAAAAACCGCGCCGCAGACCCCACCAAAAAGGACCACCUCACCAACUCUGCAAAAUACACUCAACACUACUGGACCGGCGUCCACUCGGAAAACUGGUACCUCUCCCUCUGCGCCGUGGAUCCCGCUUACGCCGGUCGCGGAUACGGACGGUUGCUCGUACAAUGGGGGCUUGAGCGUGCGCGCGAAGAAGGUGUCGAUGCAAGCGUUGUUUCGAGCGAAGAGUCGCCGGGGUUUUAUCUACGGUGCGGGUUCGAUGAGGUGGUGGGGAAUGCGCAUGAGGGCGAAGGGAAUCCACUGAAAGUGGAUGGGGUUAGAGGCGGGGAUAUUUUGUUCAUGUGGGGAAAGAGGGAGUGA